GUAAAUUAGAUUCACCAUGAGACCCCUGGCACUGGGUGCGAUUGCAGCCGCGCUGCUAAGCAGCGCCUCUUGGGCCGUUCCCAUUCACGAUGUCUCCAAGAGGGAAAUCAGCGAGCUGCCACGUCUCGUGAUUUACUUCCAGACCACCCACGACAGCGAUGGGAACCCCAUCUCCAUGUUGCCCCUCAUCACGGAGCAGGGAAUCGCCCUGACCCACCUGAUCGUCUGCUCGUUCCAUAUCAACGCUGGCGAAAACAUAACCCUGAAUGACUACUCGCCCUACGACCCACACUUUUAUACCCUGUGGAACGAGACAGUCAUCAUGCAGCAAGCCGGUGUCAAAGUGACGGGCAUGAUUGGCGGUGCCUCGGCCGGCGCAUUCGAUUCUGACACCCUCGACAGCACCGACGAUGCCACCUUUGAGUAUUACUACAGCCAGCUGUACGACGUAAUCCAAUACUACGGCCUCCAAGGCAUGGAUCUGGACGUGGAGCAGGCCAUGUCGCAGGACGGAAUCACACGCCUAGUCAGCCGGCUCAACGCAGACUUUGGCGACGGCUUCAUCAUCACCCUGGCGCCCGUUGCCACCGCGCUGGAAGGCCUUGCCAACCUGUCCGGCUUCAACUACACCGAGCUCGCCGGCGCGGCUGUGACCACGGCCGGCGUUGAGAUGAUCCACUUUAUGAAUACCCAGUUCUACAGCGGGUUCGGAACAAUGGCAUAUCCUACGAAUUUCGAGUAUAUUGUCGCGAACGGCUGGGCGCCGACGGAGAUCGUUGCAGGCCAACUGACCAACCCUCUGAACGGCGGUGGGUACACCGAUAUCGGGACACUGAACCAGACUGUCAUCGAGCUUGUGGAGAUGUACGGAACGAUCGGGGGGAUCAUGGGCUGGGAGUACUUCGACAGCCUCCCGGGCGGUACGGCGGCGCCGUGGGAGUGGGCGCAGGACAUGACGGCAAUACUGAGGCCGAAUGACACUCUUACGCUGGACAUUACGAACGAGACCGCGACGAUCUUGAACGCGGCCUGGCAGGAGAGUGUGGUUCAGCCCAGUUCUGCGAGCUCAAGCGCCGACUCUACACAGUCUACCCAGGCCACUGUUGAUUACUUCGCAAUGGUCAAUGCAUGAGAGGUUUUAAGACUGUACGUGGCAUGGGGGAGAAGUCAUGAGAGAGAGUUGUACAAAGAGUCGAAUGGGCUCGGGGGUUCUUAUCAGCUGAAUAUGUACAUACUUUGCUUCGUACAACAUUUUUCGAAUACAUCAUGAUGUUGUAUGUCCUUUUCUUUUCUCU